CUAAAGGCAUAGGACAUUUUAGAUGGCGCGCGUGUAGCCAACCCAAAAAAGAACCGCGUUUGAGUAGUGAGAGGUUAUUCUUUGUACCACGUCAAUGAUCAUCAGUGAUUAAAUUGGAAGAAGAAACUAUAACCUAGAACUUAUUUUCCAUCGAAAUAUUAAUAUGCCCAAAAAAAAAACAGGUCAGAGAAGAAAAGCUGAAAAGCAAAAAUUAAGACAAAAAAAAAUUAGAACUGCUAAGGAGCAAAUAGACAUAGCAAAGCUACCAUGUAAUUCAGUUAUGGAAUGUGACAAGUGCAAUAAAAAACAGAAAAGUCGUGCCUUCUGUUAUUUUUGUCAAAAUGUGCAACGUUUGCCUAUGUGUGCACAUUGUGGCAAAGUCAAAUGUAUGUUAAAAACAGGAGAUUGUGUAGUAAGACAUCCUGGUAUAUUUACUACAGGUCUGGGCAUGGUUGGAGCUAUAUGCGAUCAUUGUGAAGCCUGGGUUUGUCAUGGAAGACGUUGCUUAACAUCGCAUGCAUGUACUUGCCCAUUGAUGGAUGCCGUUUGUCAAGAAUGUGAAAGAGGAGUUUGGGAUCAUGGUGGAAGAAUAUUCCGUUGUUCUUUCUGUAAUUGUUUCCUGUGCGAAGAUGAUCAAUUUGAACAUCAAGCAUCAUGUCAAGUAUUAGAAGCUGAAAGUUUCAAAUGUAAGUCGUGUAAUCGUUUAGGACAAUAUUCGUGUCUUAGAUGUAAAACAUGUUAUUGCGAAGAUCACGUACGUAGGAAAGGAUUUAAGUAUGAAAAGAAUAAACCUAUACCUUGUCCCAAAUGUGGAUAUGAAACAUCACAAACUAAGGAUCUUAGUAUGUCCACGAGAAGUCAUAAAUUUGGUAGACAAACUCAGGCUGGACCAUAUGAUUCAGACGAAGAAAAUGAUUACAAUGGUUACGGUAACAAUUCAGAAUAUUAUAUCGCUAAUGAUGAUGAAGAAGAUGAGGAUGAAAAUGAUGAUGAAGACGAUGAAGAAGAUGAAGAAGAUGAACAAGAAGAUGAAUCUUCUAGUGAAGACGAAGUAAAGGAUAACGAUAAAAUGAGCAAAGAAAUAUAAAAACCAUUAAGCAAUAAAGUGAACUUCACGUGUGAAAAAUAAAUAAAAAAGUAUGCAAAUUUAAAAUUACUUUAUUAAUAAUACUAUAAAAACAGAAUCAUAUAAAUAAAAACUAAUUUGAGAAAUGUCAAUAUUAUCAUUUUGCAAUAGUGAAGUUUAAUGAAAACUAAUAAGUCAAAUCUUUUGAUAUAUAUAUAUAUAACUGAAUUGAACAUUUGGAAGAAUUUAAUGUUGCAGUAACAUGCAAGAUAAUAUAUACAGUAUGAUGCAGAUUUUCAAAUGAUAAUAAUUUGAUGCAGAAUAAUAUAAUUCUAAUUUAGAAAAGAUAAUAUUAAUCUGAUAUAUCCUGGGCUAGAUUUAAAACAACAUUUGUGUCAGAUAUAAUAAACACGUGUAAUCGAAUAAUUUCUUUUUCUAUCACAAAAUAAAGAGACAUAAGAAGUAUCAA